AGGUGCUCCGGCUCCGACCAACAGAGAGGCGCAGCAGCGGAGACACGCAGCCCGCCCUCCUGCCUCCUCCAGCGGUGCAACAUUCAACUUUGUGCCGGGCACACUCGAGAUGAGCCGCAUCUGAAGGUACAGCAUCUUUCGACGCGCCAGAGAAAUGAACUGAGGACACAGAGGAGAGAGAGAGAGCACGCGUUUCCUGAGGACGACUGAGAUUACAAGUGAAACCAUGAGGUCGCAGAGGAGCCCGAGACUGGUCGCCGUGCUGGGCUUGAUCACCUGCUAUUGUGCCUUAUAUACGACUGCUGCCAUUGACAUCCCACUGGAAGUUUUAGGUCAUGUAAACAUUGAGCAGCUGCCCACCAUCACAGAUCAGUCGCCCAGCACUGUCAUCGCGUUCCCUUUUGACGAGAGCUUCCCCGUGACGUGCGAAGCCAAAGGGAAUCCCGAGCCAGAAUUCCAAUGGACAAAGAAUGGCGUGGAAUUUGACCCUUUCCUCGACCCCCGGUUGAUGAAAGAGGAGAAUUCUGGGACCUUUGUGAUACCAAAUAAUGGGAACCUUACAGAGUACCAGGGAAUCUAUCGCUGUUACGCCUCAAAUAAACUGGGGACCGCCAUAUCGGAGGAGAUUGAGUUCUACGUGCCCACUGUGCCAAAGUUUCCUAAAGAAACACUGGACCCUGUGGUGGUGGAGGAAGGCCAGGCUUUUACUUUACAGUGUGACCCACCUAAAGGGAUCCCACCUCUGCAGAUCUACUGGAUGACCAUCAAUCUUCAGCACAUAGAACAGGAUGCGAGAGUGUCCAUGGGCCUGAACGGGGACCUGUACUUCUCUCACGCGGAGAACAAGGACAGCAGGAGAGACUACUGCUGCUUCGCCGCCUUCCCAAGAAUACGGACCAUCGUUCAGAAGACCGCCAUGUCUGUCAUCGUCAAGACAAAAAAAAGUGACAUGAGUCCUGAAGCUGCCAACGCCAUCCUGGACAGACGGCCUUCUCUUCUGACGCCCUCUGGUGUUAAAUCAGAGACACAGCUGGUCAAAGGAGAGGACCUGAAAUUGGAGUGUAUUGCUGAGGGAUUUCCAACUCCUCAGGUGGAGUGGGUGAAGAUUGGCCAUCAGCUCCCCGUCAGAGCAAAACUGGAGAAUCAUGGCAAAUUGCUGAUAGUGCCGACAGUUGAGCAGGCCGACAGCGGAAAGUACAUGUGCAAGGCGAAGAACCCGUUAGGAGAAGCCAUCCACUACUUCACAGUGAGAGUCGAAGAGCCUCCGGAGUGGCUGUUUGAGCCCGAGAGCCAGCUCAGCAUGAUCGGCUCAGACGUGGCCAUCAAGUGCUCCGCCAGCGGGAGUCCUCUGCCGGUCAUCUCGUGGAGGGUGAACGGCGUGCCUCUGCAGGACGCCCCAGCAACCAACAGGAAGACGCUGGGUGACACCAUCUUUCUGCAUAACGCCAAGGCGUCUGACAGUGCAGUGUACCAGUGUGAGGCCUCCAACACACACGGCAGCCUGCUGGCCAACGCAAACAUCAUGAUCAUGAAUCUGCCCCCCAUGAUUUUGACGAAAGAAGGGGAGGAUUACUCCGCUGUGGAGGGGAAGGGGGUGGUGAUGCACUGCAGUGUCUUCAGUUCUCCUCCUUCCACAAUCACCUGGAGCAGAGACGACUCCUCCGAAUCCGUGGAGGGCCCGAGAUUCAGCGUUCACGACAACGGAUCGCUGGAGAUCUACAGCGUGGAGAAAGAAGACACGGGACAGUACACGUGUUUAGCUAAAAACACGGAGGGAACGUCCGCCAUCGAGGCCAUGCUCUAUGUUAAAGAUCCCACCAGCAUAGUCGUGGCCCCGGAGGACCAACAGAUCCUAAUAGGUACCACGGCCCAGCUCUCAUGCCUGGCAGAGUACGACAAGUCCUUCAGCAACGACUUUCAGCUCCUGUGGGAAAAAGAUGAUAUAGAGUUAACCCUCAACUACACUGAGAAUUCAAGAUACUUUGUGGAGGAUGGUAGUCUUCAGAUCCUCAAUGUGAGCCACAGGGACCAGGGCGUGUACAGGUGUGUGGCAAGGACCCCGGUGGACACAGCCACGGCCUCAGCGCUGCUCAUGGUGCUAGAUGUCCCCGAUGCACCCGACAACUUGGUUCUGUCGGAACACAAGAGCAGAAGCGUGAAACUGAAAUGGUUCCCUGGGGACGAUCACAACAGCUCAACCACAGAGUUUGUAAUCGAGUACGAGGAAAGCCAGUGGGAGCCGGGAAACUGGAAGGAGCUGCUCCGAAUACCCGGAAACCACAACUCUGCCGUCGCCAAACUCCACGGUCACGUCGACUAUUGCUUUCGAGUGUCUGGAGUUAACGCCGUUGGGAGGGGGCCUCCCAGCGAGCCCACUGAGAGAUACAAAACCCCCCCGGCAGCCCCUGACAAGAACCCUGAAAAUAUCAAAAUCGAAGGUCAUUUGCCACAUGAAAUGGUUAUCAACUGGGAGCCCUUGUUACUCAUUGAGCAAAAUGGCCCUGGUCUAGAGUACAAGGUGAGUUACAGAAGACAGGACUUGGAGGAGGACUGGAAAGAAGACAUUGUGAAGAGACACUCCUUUAUCGUGAAGAACGCUCCCACCUUUGUUCCCUAUGAGUUCAAGAUCCAAGCCAGGAAUCAUCAGGGCUGGGGACCUGAGCCCAAGAUAGAGACUGGCUACUCAGGAGAGGACUUUCCGUCCGCUGCGCCUGAUGAUGUAGCCGUGGAGGUGAUGAACAGCUCAGUGGUCAAGGUUAGCUGGAUGCGUGUACACAAGGACAAGCUACAUGGACAUCUGGGAGGCUACAGGAUAAACUGGUGGCGUCUGCGCAGCCUGGCCGACUCAAAGAAAAGUCACGGAGACAAACACACUCUAACUUUCCCUGGAGACCGAAACCACGCCACGGUACCAGGACUGACCCCUUUCUCCGAGUACAGCCUCAUUGUCAUGACCUUCAACGGGCGAGGCAACGGCCCCGGCAGCCAUCCCGUCGACUUCAAAACCCCAGAGGGAGUGCCCGAGAAAAAUCCUGUUUUCAGGGUCACAGAUGUACAGAAGCACACCGUCUCUCUGGUCUGGGACCCGCCAUCUGAGCCUAAUGGGAUUCUCACCGGGUACCUCCUAGACUAUCAGUUGAUCAACGACACAGAGGAGAUGGGGCCCCUGCAGAUGGUAGACAUCAGCAACCCCCGCACCACCAAGUGGACCCUCCGCGAACUGGAGCCCCUAAGCAAGUACAAGUUCUACCUGCGCUCUUGCACCGCAAUGGGCUGUGGGCCUGUUGUCAGCGAAGAGAGCACAACCACCCUUGAAACAAGUCUGGCCAGCAUCCACGGAGGAAUAUCCACCCAGGGCUGGUUUAUCGGCCUGAUGAGCGCCAUCGCUCUCCUCACGCUCAUUGUGUUGAUCGCCUGCUUUGUCAACAGAAAUAAAGGAGGGAAGUAUUCCGUAAAAGAAAAAGAAGACCUUCACCCUGACGUGGAGUCCCAGGGCAUGAACGACGACACGUUUUGCGAGUACAGUGACAACGACGAGAAGCCACUGAAGGGCAGCCAACACUCGCUGAGCAGGGAGAUCAAAGCGGGGGACAGCGGGGACAGUCUGGUGGACUACGGCGACGAGGACGUUCAGUUCAACGAGGACGGCUCUUUUAUCGGCGAGUACGCGGGCCGAAAGGAGAAGAGGGUGUCCGCUGAGAUCAAAGCCGCCGCUCAGACACCGGCGUGAGGAGCGGAACCGCCAUUCCGUCUUUACCCCGGGACGCCGUUUUCAUUAAACCUGCUGGGACGAACAAACGAAAGAGGAAGCAGAACAUUAUCCACACCAAGCACAAGUUUUGUGUCAAACGUAAUGCGUCAUUGCCAACUGCCAAUUCUCAUGUUAUGAAGCUCUGUUUUGUCAAGUUGCAACAGAAUGACCGUUACUAAAUACUGUGUAUAUAUAGUGUAUAUUCUAUGUGCGGAGUGUCUUUUUUUUAUAAUUAUUAUUACACAGACCAUUUAGAGGGCUUGGAUUUUUUUUUCUUCUCUUUUCCAUUACUUCCACUGCAGAACUGUUUGUACAAAUGUUACAAAAAUGUCACUCCCCAUUGCACAUCAUUACACGCAGCUUUGCCUCUCAUGUCAUCUUGUGGCAGACCACAGACGAGGGGGGGUAUCCAGUUGAUAUUUUUCAACGGGAGCAAAUAUUACUGACCUUUUAUAUUUGAAAUGGAUUCCUUAAAUAUGAAGUACAAUAUGUAAGAUGUGUAUAAAGGUUGCUUAUUAACUUAUUUUUUUCCCCAGUGGUUUUUCUACCUGACAAUUUAACAAGGAAAUUUACAUAUCAUUUUAUAUCAUCAACAUUGGUUGUUGAACCAUAAACCUCCUGUGAUAUUAGAAGAAAAUAUAAUUUAGUUGCCAUGUUUAUGAACAUUUAGAUCCAUUGGACUGUAUAAAUCACCAAACCUAGUCUGUGCUUUGUAAAAGAUUUUCUAAAAUGUAAUCCAUUACAGGUCCCCAUGUUCCUGAUUAUACAUGAGAGAGAACCCUAACAAGUUUGACAACACUGAAGAUGCCAAUACCUGAUGUUUGAAAAGUUUUAUAGGAAUCUUAGGAGUUUUAGGGAAAUAAACUUGUUUUCUUUCUUGCUGACAGUUAUUUAGUAUGAUUGAUACAAAACCCAGAAGUCAGGUAGCUCAGUUUAGCAUAAAUACUGGUCAAAGGGAAAUAGCUAGUGUGGCUCCGCCUUAAGGUAACAAAAUCAAAAUGACUUUUAGAUGUGCUGGUAGGGGGAUUUUGAAUUUCUGGACAGGGCCAGAUUAGCUGUUUCCAGCUAAUCUAAACUAAGGAGUUGACAGUUGUCGCCUCAUAUUUAACACACAGACUUGAUCGUUUUGUCAAUUUACCCUUAGCAAGAAAGUGCAUAAGCAUAUUUCAAUAGGAUAACAAUUUGAACUAUCCAUUUAAAGUGGAUACCAUGACUCUGUGUCGCGCUUACAAAAUGCUGGAAGACUUUUGCAGAAACAUUCUUAAAAACAAAGGGCAAAAUCGUUUUCCUGACUUUUAUUCCCCGGCAUGUCAGGCUCUGAAAAAGCUGAGUCCUACAUUUCCCAUAAUGCAUUUUAAUAGUCUUUUUUACCAGAAUGUCUAGUUCUUUCAAACUCGAUGUCCCAGUUUGCAGAUCAGGCUUAAGGUCUUUGUGCACCAAGUCCGUAUAUGUUGUGUCACAAUUACACUUAGACUCUGAAACUUUGAUCUGUCAUUAAAGUUUUUGGAACAGGUUUGAUUUGAAGUGUUUGGGAUGAAUUGGAUCACAGAAAUUAUGUUUUCUUGUAGUGGAAUGAAACCAAUGAAAACCUUAAACUAUGGUUGAGGACCACAAAAUCAGCCCCAGUGCUCGACUCCAUUUUAUCUCAUUCUGUGAAUUUCUUAGAUAUAAGAAUAUUGGAAGGCAUCGCACUCAGUGUGCAAUGUCUCUGUGUGGGACGAUUUUCUUCCGAAUUUUUACUUUAAAAACCAUAGUAUGAACUUGGUAAUCAAAGACCUUACUUCUACUGGACUUGCUCUAAAUAUAUUUGUAUUAUCUAAAUCAAUGUACCCGGGGUGGUAACACAAUUACAUCAUCAGUGUUAUUUCUCAGAGUCGACUCCAGAGCCACAGAGAACAUUGUACAUUGUACUACAGGCUGAGUAUCUCUGCAUGAACUGACUUUAAUGUGUGAUGUUAGUUGUUUACUCCUUCAAGAAGAAGGUUUUGUCAAACCUGCAAUGGAUUGUGGAUCCUGUGUAAUCAGAUUACUGGGAUCUGGUUGCAUGUUUGACACCCACCAAUACCGCUGAUAGUGUGGAGCCGUGAGUCUUAACAAGCCUUACUCUGUUAAUACACAUUCAUUAUGUUAUUAGCACCAUGACCACAAGUUGCUCUGUUUUGUAAAAAUUCAACCAUUGCAUGAUAAGAAUGUUAAUUGGUGUUUUUGAUGUCAUUAAAUUGCUUUACU